AUGAUUACGAAGCCCGUGCCACCUUCAGUAGCAUCAGCCUCUGAUGGCACUGUGAGCACAGUAGCGCUGCCCUCGGUGGGAUCUGCUUGCACUCUACCACAGCCCAGUGAAUCAGUGAACUCUAUUUUGACAACCACAGCGGCAGCAGUAGCAGCGACGACGACCACUCCUCCUGUCCCUCCACUCGACACCACAGGAAUUACUGCGACCGCUGCAGCCCACGUCUGCGUGCCUUCCCUCAACUUGCCUCCAAAAAUGCCCUCUGACUCCUUUCAUUCAAUCUCAGAGCUUCCCAAGUCGAUCAUCCUCUCCGCCACCUCGGGCACCCCACUUGACCCUCUGGUCACUCCUACCUUCGACUUUUCACGAGUUAAAUCCAGUCAGACGCAGCAGCAGCAGCAGCAGGCACAAGGCAACUCUGCGUCCGCUACAGCCCCUUUCAGCUUCCAACUCCUUCACACUCCAACUGGCGCCAGUCCAACUAUGCUUUCUCAGGUCGUAACUGAGGCUCACAAUACCCUGCAGUCUCCAGCCGCCACUGGCCAAACGGGUUCUCACAUGUUCGACUACUCGCAGUUUUUUGGUGAUUUCUCAAACACUGCGACGCCUAUCUUUUCACCUACCAUCAUUCUUAAUACCCAAGCACUUCUCUCUCCCUCAGCGAUUGAUUCUGAUGGACAGAGAGCUGGUGUUAGCAAUGCCUCUACAACCAUGACCUUCCCGUCCUUCCUCAACACCCCUGGCUCCACGCCGAUAAUAUCUUUUUUGUGCUCGAGCCCCGGUGCAAAGGGUGGCCAAAGUUUUUUCUACACUCCAUUUGGAACUGGACAGGAGACCAAUACAACCGCAACUGCUGGGACACCCAUCCUCUUUCCUACAAAUGCCUUCCUAUCCUCUCCAACUUCAGCCGAUAGCCUUCUUGCACAGAAUGAUCAUCAACACCAUCAGCAUCAGUCACUCGAACAUACUGCUGGUCUUCCUCCCGCAAGUCAGGUCUUGAAUCUCACUAAGUCUAGCGUCUCAGAAUCUAUUCCUUCCAUUGCCAGCGCUCACACCGCAAUGCUUAUGGACCCACCGAAAGUUUCACCGGAAAAGACUACCGCGAGAAACUCCUCCACCCGGCGAACCUCCAAAUGGGCGAAGAGCUCUGCAGGCAACGGCAAAAGUGGUAAAAUGACACCAGAAGGGGCUGAGAAGCCACACAAGUGCAUGGAUUGCCCAAAAUCAUUUUCACGUUCAGACGAGUUGACUAGGCACCGACGCAUCCAUACGGGUGCCAAACCUUUUCAGUGUACCACUUGUCACCGAUAUUUUUCACGCUCCGACCACCUGACUACGCAUCGCCGCACUCAUACAGGGGAGAAACCUUUUGCCUGUGAACACUGCGACCAUAAAUUUGCGCGUUCAGAUGAAAUGAAGCGGCACGCAAAAACGCAUGAGAAGCAAGCAAACCAGGCUCUCGUGGGAAAGGCCAUUCACGGCGCUGCUUCCGUUGCCUCACGCAAGAAGCAACGAUCAGCUCCACAGAGCCUCGGAAAUGGUCGGCAGCCAUCAGUGGCUGCACCUUCACAGCCUCAACAAUUCAUAUUCUUAAAUGGUGAUGAAUUCGGCAGCACUUCCCAGGGCUUUCAGCUCGCUCGAACAGGAAGUAGUGACGGUGAUGGAGUGGGUAACAAGUCGAGUGAUUUUGAUCUCCUUCAGCCGAUAAACUGCACAGCUGCUUCUGGUGGUAGUGCUCCGCUUUCGAGGUCAGGACCAUCAAAUAGCCAACCGUCAGCAGUGGAAUAUCUUACGCAGAUCCAUGCGACUUCUCUUCCACAACAACAUCCACCACCCAUAUAG